AUGACUGAUACGUUUCUCGCGUUUAGCAAUCGGUUGAAACUUGGUCUUCGCUGGGUUCAUUCUAAGAUGACUAGGAUAGACUGCCGAUCAAAACGGUCUCCGUGGAGCACUGUCGAGUCGAGUAUGGCAUCUCAGGCAUCAUACGACGUCCAACCUGGUGUUCGAGCCGAAUCAGGGUCUUAUAUCAUCAUUCCGUGA